AAUUCUUGUGCUUUGUCUAGUGAUCCACCAAUUGCUGAUUUGCUUGCGGGUGAUCGUCAAAUGCAUAAGCCACAAUGGUAAACUUUGCAUCUAGCACCACCACGACAGUGGAAGCUCAGAAGCAAUCCACGCCUCCAAAGCUGACCUCGUCAAUCACGCGGAAGGAUCCAACGAACCGGCUUGAAGGAUCCCAGAACAUCUACCGGUGGCUGGACGGCAAACGGGCAGACGAUGGCGCGGAAGGGCUCUGGCGAAUCCACGAUACGUUGUAUGAUCUGAGCGAUUUUAUCGGGAAACACCCGGGCGGAAAGUCGUGGCUCAAGGUGACCAAGGGAACCGACAUCACGGAGGCGUUCGAGACACAUCACAUUGGAGGUAAAGCUGAACGGAUGCUUCCGUUGUUCAAGGUACGAUCGGCCAGUCAACCUAGGCACGUUCGCUUGACGUUCCACAAGGACGGAUUUUAUCGGACGCUUAAGAGAAAGGUGGCAGUUAAGCUCAAGGAUUUGGACUUUAGUCCAGUUCGACGAUCGGAACAGAUCAUGGACGCCCUGCUGGUAGCGACGUUCGGACUGGCCUUUUUGGCUAAUAUCAUGGGAAGUUACGUGGUGGCUGCAGUUUGCGCACUGUUUGUCUGCUGGACCAUGAUCUGUGCCCACAAUUUCUUCCACAAGAAGGACAACUGGAGGAUGCUCUUCUACAACUUGGCCUUACUUAGCUACAGGGAAAUGCGCGUUGCACACGCCAUGUCGCAUCAUCUCUACCCCAACUCGAUCUUGGACUUGGAAAUAUCUUUCUACGAGCCUUGGCUCUCCUGGAUGCCACUAUCUUCCAAGAACUUACUGCAACGCUAUGCAUCUUGGGGUUAUGGACUUGUGGUCUAUUUCGUAUCGUUUGCUAAUGAGUUUUUGAAAAGAAUCUGGAUAUCGUUGACCACCGAUCAGAGAACCUUCUACCUAGACGAUAUGAUCAACUUAACAAUACCCUUCUUCAUGUACGUUACCGGUACAAGAUGUCUAUGGGAGGUACUCCUCAUGUGGGUAUUUAUCGAACUGUUUGCGAGCUUCUGCUACGCUGUAGUUGGUAUUUCCGCCGCUCACCAGCAUCCUGAAGCCGUCCACUACGGAGACCUGAUUCUUGAGGACGUCGACUUCGGCAUCUACCAGGUGUCGGCCAUCGUUGACCGGUCGGACACGAAGGGAUCGCAGUUCAAGGUUCUGACGAGCUUCGGCGAUCACUGUCUGCACCACAUGUUCCCCACGCUGGAUCAUGGGCUCCUGCCGCAGCUGUAUCCGACCUUCCUGGAGACGUGUGCCGAGUUCGAGGUGGAGUACCGGGAAAGGCCCUGGUGGCACAUGUUCUUUGCGCAGUACAAACAGCUGGCGCGUGUCGAUCCCAUCACGUAUCUGCCGGGGAGGAAAACGAAGUGAAUACUGUUCGGGUUUUUUUAAAGUAUGGACAAUUAUUUGCCAACGUUUCACUGAAUUAUAAACUAGUCUCACACAUAAGUAUUUAUAAGGCUGUCCUCAUAAUGGUGUU